AUGUACUUAGGACAGAUCACCGUCACUCAGAGUCCCUCAAUGACAGCAGCUCAACCAGGACAAACUGUGAACAUCAACUGUAAAACCAGCAGAGAUGUGUUCAGGGAUACAGCUCUGAGCUGGUACUUACAGAAACCUGGAGAAGCUCCUAAACUCCUGAUUUAUUAUGCAAGCACCCUCCAGUCAGGAACUCCAUCUAGAUUCAGUGGCAGUGGAUCUGACAGUGAUUUCACUCUGACCAUCAGUGGAGUCCAGACUGAAGAUGCUGGACAUUAUUACUGUCAGAGUGUACACUGUCCUAGUAGCUGUGUGUUCACACAGUGA